AUGCUUCCCAUACGGUGCCUCGCCCUCGGCGCCCUCGCCGUCACCGCCGCCUCCGGCCUCACAUUCGACCCAGACUGGCCGCUCGACCUCCUCACCAAGCGCCAGGACGACAUGUCCGAAGCCGAAUACAACUGCCACGACAACUGCGGCCAAGCAAUCAAAGCCAGCCGCGGCACCGACCCCUGCAACGACUCCACCUUCACCCACGACUACGCCGCCUGCCUCCAGUGCGCCGGCCCCGCCAAUGAAGACAUCUGGAGGUACUACGGCGGCAGCCUGACCAGCGUCGCCGCCGACUGCGGCCUGUCUACCACCCCGGCCACCGGCACCCAGCCCGCCGUCUCGGCCGCCAUCACCGCCACGUCUGCCGCCUCCACCGCCUCCGCCGCUUCGGGCUCCGCAUCUGCCUCCGCCUCUGCCUCUGCCUCUGCUACCGGCACUGCUUCUGUUGGAAGCUCUUCAUCCUCGACUGCGGCGACGACCGGUAGUGCGGCGGCGACGGCGGCGGCUUCGGAUUCGGGCUCUUCUACUACUGCUGCUGCUACCGCUGCUACUACUACUACUACCGCGUCCGCUUCUUCUGCGGCUAGCUCCGACGUGGCUGCUGCCUCUGCCAGUGCCUCUGCCAGUGCCACUGGUGCGGCGGCGGCAGGCAGCGCGAGGUGUGGCGGCUGGGUUGGGGUGGUUGGGUCGCUUUCGGUUUCUGUGCUGGGGUGGUUUGUUAUGAUUGGGCUUUAG